AUGCGAUUGUUAAGCAGUAGCCCGUCAGAUGCGGCAUCCAAAGUUGAUAUAGCUGGAUGCGGCGGCGGCGCUGGAGGAGAAGGGCGCGCGUGGGGCGGUGACGCGGACGCGGAGGCGGAGGCGCCAUGCGCGGGGAGCCGCCCCUCUAGGCGCAGGCGUCGGCGAGUGCGAGUGCCUGUGCACGCAGCGGCCGCGCGCUCCACGCUGGAGCCCAUAACGCAGGCCGGCAUCAUGCUCAUCGUGGGGGUAGCCAUCGUCCUCGCCAACAUCCUCAUCAUCGCUACCUACCUCUCCUUCCGCGGUCCAUCAGAGAUGAUCAACAUCUAUCUCCUGUCUCUAGCAGUAGCAGACCUUCUCUGUGGCUUAUUCGUAGUUCCACUCUCAGUGUAUUCAGCCUGGCUACAAAACUGGAUCUACGGAGAUUUGGUGUGCCGCUUGAUGGGGUAUCUUGAAGUAACACUCUGGAGUGUUAAUGUCUUCACCUUCAUGUGGAUAAGUGUUGAUCGGUAUCUGGCAGUGCAAAGACCGCUUCGGUACGAUACAGUGCAAAAGCGUACCCACUGUCAAUGUUGGAUGGUGUUCACAUGGGUCUCUGCUGCAAUGUUGUGUUGCCCUCCACUGCUGGGAGUCAAUAAGCCACAUUUCGACCGUGAUGCUUUUGUCUGCAUGUUGGACUGGGGAAAUAUGGCUGCCUACUCUAUAACAGUUGCCAUACUGGUGCUAGGCCCCAGUCUCAUCACAAUUGUCUACACAUACUACUACAUAUUUUCCAUGAUGAGAAUGGUGCGAAGUGGUGUCCCAAUACAUGAUAAAGAAUAUGCAUCUGCUCUGACUGAAAACUUGUCUAACCCAAGUCACAUAAUGUCUUUCGUGCUUGUGCUGACAUUUUGGAUUUCAUGGACACCGUAUGCAACAGUCAAGUUCUAUGAGUACUUCACAAACAGCAGGUAUCAGGUGCCAUAUCUACACUUUGUAAUUGUGUGGAUAGGUAUACUGAACUCUUUUUGGAAAAUAGUGAUCCUCAUCGCUCUGAGCCCACAGUUUCGAUUAGCAGUGCGUGUCUUCUGUAUCAGACUCUGUUGUCGUUACAAAGGCAGGCUGCAGGGUGAGUUGAUUGACAUGGAUGAUGAUGAUUAAGACUAUUUGUUGUUUGGUGGUGAAGUGACUACCUUCUUGCUCUGCAGUUGUGUCUGACAGGAAUCAGGUGUUGUGCAGGUGUCUCAGGGAAUGCAUUAUAAUAUAUACAUCUCUGUAGCUAUGUUCUAUUCUGAAAUGGCUCACAGCUGUUUGAGAGAUGGAAGCUAACUUUCAUUUCUUACAUCUUGAUGCAACAACAUUCUAAAUGUCUCUUUUUCAGAAAAAGUCUUGCGAUUAAUAUAUUCCCCUUGUUGUAGUAUUUCUACAAAUGUAUUGUUUUAUGAAUUGUUUGAUUUUCUGUUCAGAGAAGUAAAUAAUGUAUAAUUCAUGUAAAAAUUGUUUUUUGAACACUAGAAUUACAAAAAUAAUGUCCAGAAAAGCAAGUAUUCUCAGGUUUAUUUCAAGACAUUCAAACAGAUCAUUUUCUGAUGAACCUGUUUCACUCACCAUGAUACAAUUACUAAACUGGAAUCGGACAUUCCGAAAUUUAACACAUGCUGUUUACCUCUGUAGGAUGACUGUGUAUUUACAGAAAGGUAAAUCUAUUUCUAACUCAUCUUAGCCAAAUGGAACUGUCUCUCUGGCCUUACCAUGUGCUAUAAAUCAUGAUUUUCUCUUUCAUGAAUGCAACAGAAACUUCUUACUCUGAUCCUGUAUGUGGUAACAACAAAUAAUAUUUCUGAUACAAAAUCAACUGUUUUAAAGUGAAUGUAUUCUAAAGAAUACACAUGGAAACUUAAACUUGAUGAAUGCUCUUACUAAUAACCACAUAGAUGCAUCUAUGAGAUUAUCAAAGUACACCACCACGAGAUAGUAAAAUGCUUCCAACUAGUUCCAUCAAAGAAAAACUCCAACUGCAGUUUUAAUUAAUGGGGGAUUUUAAAUACUAUGCUAACUGCUCAAUUCAAAUUUUUGUAACAGAUGUUUACAAUAUCUAGUAUCCUAAAAUCCAUAUGGUAGCAACAAGCAGAAACAUACAGGCACAAUACGUAUGUAUAUCUACAAUAAAAGAAGUUAAUAAUUAAUCUUGCUAUUCAAAAACCAUGUCAUUUUUAAUUUUCCAUUUGUCUUGUAAGUACUUUCCAUUACACAGUAAAACACCAACAAAUAAACAAGAAAGUAGGUCAGGUUUUCACACUCUGAAGUAUGAUUAAAUCUAUUAUAAAAACCUUUCCUGUAAAAGAGUCCUAUUAGGAGCUCAUGGUAUUUACAUACUUUUUAGACUGAAAUAGUUACUCAAAGCAGACUCUUACAACCUGUAAACUUAUAAAAUCAUUCCUGUUACUUCCUAUAUUGUUGGCUUUAAACACCACACAAGCUUGUGCUGCCACAAAAAUUGAAACAUUUAUUAUUUAAAUUGCUUUGCAGAAAAGCUCAUGCAAGAUUCACCUACUUCCCUGAUACUGAAACUGUAAGUGAAAAGGUUGUUUCAUUAGUUAUUCCUUUCAUGAAAAAUGUUUGUUCACAUGAGGGGAUACAUAUUCAGAUCAUUAAGAAAAUGUCAGUUUUGUGUAGGCUCUUGCUCAACUGUUUUCGCCAGAAACUAAAGUGGGUAGUUAAUUCACAAAUGCUGACUUUUCCUUCCACCAGUUCUGUUUCUGAUCAAAGUAAUAUUUACAUCAAAAUAUUUGUGACAGAAGUAACUUUCUGCUUGUGACUUGCCAUGUGUGUCCUAAUACAAUCAAUAAUGCCUGAAACAGAAGCCCCAGUAAAAUUCACCAUUUCACACACCUGCGAUAGCAGUUCCUGCAGAACAAUUUUUGGGACAUACCUAGUAUAUAAAAAAAUACUACCGCAUGAGAUAAGUAACUUCUUCCAGUAAAUCAGUUAUCUGUUUGUGUUCAUUAAUCACUUCUACUGUGCUGAAACAAGGUUUCCUUAUUGCAACUGAAACACUGUAUUCAGUUCAAUGUCGACAAUAAUGUUUUGAGCAAAAUGCAAUUUCUUGGGGAUUUUCAUGAAACUAUUAUUUGUGUUAUAUUACUGUAAAUGCAGAUUCCAUCAAAACACCAGCCAUAGUCUGCUGUUUUCCUUUAACACAUGCAAAUCAGGUUUCAUUUGUCUCUCAUUAUGACAAAUGAUAACAUGUUUUCCUCACAUCACACAGAUAAGUAAAAUAUCUUCUGUAAAUGACAAUUAAAAUCAAAUUAAAUUCAGUACUAGUGUUCAAAAAAUAUGUUCUAAAAAUGGUUGUAAGAUAUGUUUGAGUUUACAGUAAUGUAGUAAAAAACAAGUUUUCUAGUGGGCAAACUUGAUGUCAAUAUCUCUUAAUUCCGUGAAGGCUGAUUCCUGACAUGAUGUAAAACCCUUGUUAGAAAAUUUUAUAUAAAUGUGCCCAACUCUUUAAUUUAUAUGCAUAACGUGUAUUCUUGCACUUUUAUUUUGCUGAUGAUACAAACCUGAAAUAUAGGAAACAUGCAUUAGAAAUAGUUCAAUUUGUAGCUGUAUUUUCAUACAAGUUGUUGAUAUAUUGAAAUUGUUAACCUGUUAAAAUGUAUUUCCAACCUAUGUACUGGAACCUGAUUUUUUGACAUAAAUACAAAAGUAGGUGUCUGCAACAUGUCCUUCAUAAAUAAUGUGCCUUAAUUUGAAUAGACGCAAAAGUAGGCUUAUUAGGAAGUUAUUUUAUUUAGUGGGAAGUGCCAUCUGAGUUCCAAGAACUAAUUUCUAAAAUAUAAGAAUGGAAACAGAAGUGUCCUACACAGUUAAAUCUGAAAACACCACAAUUUUUUUAAAAAAACCACAACUGUGACUGUAAUUUCCCUGUAAAAACUCAAUUUCUUUUGUGCUUCACCCUGUAUUCUUGAAUGAUGUGGUUCAUGAAUAGGAAAGUGUAUGGAAUGACAGGGAUGAUGGACAACAAAUCGUGUAAUGGGUGUAGUCGGUGCUUGUAUAGGUACCUAUGUAGAACUGCAGUCAUUUAGUUGAAUAAUGAAACUGCCUGUCACUGUGUGUAAUCAACUUACACUUUAUAACUGUUGUUUUGUCAUUAAGUGCAUUAGUUUCUAUGCAAGACUCAACUUUUUUAAUAGCUACAAAUUUUUUCUGUGCUAAAUGAACAGUUGGUAAUUUGGCAAUGUGGAUAAAGAUUCAUAAUUUAUGUGUUAUAGAAAAAGACUGUGUGUACCAUUUUUCUUUAGAUUUAAAUUGCAAAAUAUUUUAAAAAAAUUGUAUAAUUAUUUAUGGGAAUAUUUGGUGAACUUUGUUACUUCCCACAAUCAAAACUUAUUCACUUUGAAUCGUAGUUCAAAUAUGAGAACAGCUUUUUGAUAUGUAAAUGAUUAAGGAAAAUGUUUUUUGCUGACUGCCACAUUAAGAUUGGUAUAAAAGAUGUUAGUGUUGUUGAUAGAUAUUAACAUUACUAUCUGUGUGUGCAUGCUUAAACUCUACACAUCAAUGUAUGUUCUUUUGACGAGUGGUACCAGACAGAACUUUCAUAGAUUCAUUGUUGGUACUUAAAAAACAGUGGCUACUAAAACUACUUUCUAAUGUUCCUGGCAAACAAAAAAUAUUAACAGGCUUUUACAGGUAUACAUAUUUCCUCAUCAGAUGGGGAGCCUAAAAAGUGACACAAAGAGAUGUAAUGUAUUUUGUCUUAAGAUUUACAAGAAUAGCAGAACUUCAUGAAAUGUUACACACUUUAGAUGACAUCAGUUGUAAAAUGGUAUUUACCUAUGAUAGUAUCAUAUGUAGUAUAAAGAAGCGAUAGCCGUCACCUACGCUCCAACCCUUAAAAUGCUGAACACCAUAAUAAUGCAAUCUUACUAUGGAUUUAAAAUCCAUGAAUAAUUUACUUCUAAUCUUUCAUUUAGAGUUCUGGUGAGAUUGAAAGACAACUAGGGAAGUAAGGAGAGAAAGGACACUAGCGUUUGGUAUAUACUAGUGAGGGCAGGCAUCAAAUUCACAAGAGUAAAAUUUUCUUAAAUUUUCUCAUUUUGAGAAGACAAAAGGAGCAAUCUGUUCUACUUACAAUAACCAUUCUAAAGCCAAGAUAGCAUAAAUAUUUGUUUACUAAAACAACUGAUUUUGGCAGACUUUACAGUCAUAUUCAGAUUUAAAAAAUUUUUGUUGUGAAAUGUGUUCAUUUUAAGUUGGACAAAAAAUAGGACAUUAUAAAAGGUUUGUCACAACUAAAAUAUUUCAAAACAUGAAGCACUUGCACAAAUGGCCAUGUCUAUAUAUAAAUCACUCACAGAUCAUUGUUAAAUCACAAAAACACAGUACACAAUAGCACAUCUGUUUACAUAAGCUGGACAUAUUCUGAACAUUGAAAAUUCGCCUUAAAUAGAGUAUAAGCUUAUGUAAGCUGCUGGCCUACUGUGUACAGAGGUUUUUUAUGUAACAAUUGUCUGUGAAUGGUACAUAUAUGGAUUGUUGUUGUUGUGGUCUUCAGUCCUGGCCAUUUACAUGAGGGACUUUAUAUUUUUAAAUAUUUUAUUUAUGAACAAACCUUUUAUAAUGUUGUUUUUAUCCACAUGAAAACAUGACAUGUGGUUCAACUUAAAUUGAAGACAUUUCAUAACAAUAAGAUUUUUUAAGAUCUGAAGGUCACUAUGAAGUCUGUAAAAAUUGGUUGUCUUAAAUAACAAAACAUUUAUGCAAUCUUGGCUUUAGAAUGGUUUUAAUGAGAAAAUUUACCCUUCUAUUAUCCCAUAAAAUAUCUAACACUAAAAUGAUUUGGAAGAAAAACGUCUGUGUGCCAACUAUUGAGCUAGGAACUGUAAUAGCAGGGCUCACAUACUCACAAACAGAGAAAAAAAUAGUAGUAUAUUGAACUCUAAGAACUUGAGGAACAUCAUAUCUUUGCAGGAAAUUUUAGGUGAAAAGGAGGGGGAGACAAAAAAACAGUACAGGAAAGAUGUCAUUUGUAAAGUAUUAGAUACAAUUCGAAUUUCUCAGAUUUGCACCACUCUUACCUGUUGGUAACUACACCCUCUUCUGUCUCAUAAACUAAGCUUCUUUGUCACUUUUUGUUAUGAAAACAUGUACUACAAUAAUGAUGCACACAACUUUUAAACUAGCCUGCCAAACAACCAGAAUUCAGCUUUUAAAAUGGGGGUCCCAAAUGAGUGUUCAUUUGAAAAAGUUAGAAAUCAGUUUUGGUUUUAUUUGCAAUAAAUUGGUAAAUAUAAGGAUAACAGAAAUAUAACACUCACAAAUCAUAAGAAUAUUUUAGUUAAGUUCUUCAAUCACAUACAUUUUCAUAACGCUUUGAUCGCACACACAGCCUUCAUGGUUGACUUCAUAGUUCAGUCAGUUCAGAACUUUGCAUGUUCUCUUAAGAGACCUAUAUAAUCAUUGCAUCAUUUGGUGUUGAAUAAAGUUGUUAUUAUUAUUAUUAUUAUUAUUAUUACUCCUCAAGGGUAUAAGUUAAAUGGGUACACAUAAAUAGGGAUACUAACAGAAACUAUGUUGACUUUGUCAUCUUUGAAUGUUUGUUGCUUUGAGCUAAAUAAUUUUUUUUCUGCUUGGUUUAAAUUUUUCAGAAGUUCACAAAACAGGGCUCACAAUGUUAAUACUUGACCCUUUCUCCUGUUACCAUUGCCAUCCAUCCUUCUUCCUAUUAAACAGUCUGUCCCUUAUAACAGUGUGAUUACACACUUUUCUAGACUUGCUGAAAAUUAAUCCCUGUAAUAUUCUCUACAGUUCUCUACAUAAUUGUGCAGGAGGAACAGGUCUAGAAUCCCUUUCAAGCAGCUAUGCUAUUUAUCAAUAACAUAACAAUUCAAUCAAAAAUUUGUUAAAUUAAGGAAACAAAAUUCUUGUAUGUCGUGACAGGAAGUUAAAAACCUAGAGGGAACACAAUGCACACCAACCAGAGUAUGCCUAUUGCAAUAUUUUCCGUUAUCAUUCUUAUUUUAAAAUAUAAAGCCCCAAAUUUUUCAAAUUCCUUUAAAUCAAUUUUUAAUCAUCUGUUAAAUAUGUAGUUAUCAACAACACAAUGACUGGUAGAACUGGUACAAUAAUGUCUGCUUUAUUAUAAUUUACAGAAAUAUAUCUAGCAUUCAUCUUAAGUCAUUGGUGAUACACUGCCUGGCUACUUAUCUUUCCCUAUGGUUACAAGCUGAGUAUGUAAGGUUCGUACUGAAGUUUACCUAGUGACCUUUUUAGAUUAUUAACAAUUACUUGUUAUUCUACUACUAAAUUACAAUAUUUGGAUGUCCCUACAGCAACUUCAUAAACACAACUGUAUUUACUGUUGGGUUCAAAUUAAUGAUGAUGUAAAUAAAAUAGAAAGAAACUUCCACAUGGGAAAAAUAUAUUAAAAACAAAGAUUCCAAGACUUACCAAGCGGGAAAGCGCCGGCAGACAGGCACAAUGAGCAAAACACACAAACACACACACAGAAUUACUAGCUUUCGCAACCGAUGGUUGCUUCUUCAGGAAGGAGAAGGAAAGACGAAAGGAUGUGGGUUUUAAGGGAGAGGGUAAGGAGUCAUUCCAAUCCUGGGAGCAGAAAGACUUCCCUUAGGGGAAAAAAAAGGACAGGUGUACACAUCCUUUCGCCUUUCCCUCUCCUUCCUGAAGAAGCAACCAUCAGUUGCGAAAGCUAGUAAUUCUGUGUGUGUGUUUGUGUGUUUUGUUCAUUGUUCCUGUCUGCCAGCGCUUUCCCACUUGGUAAGUCUUGGAAUCUUUGUUUUUAAUAUACAACUGUAUUUACUGUAAGAUAGGUAGGCAGAUGAGCAAGAAGGCAUUUACACAUGUGGCUUUCCAUCUCAAGACAUUAGAGAUGACAAACUGGUAUAAUUCUGUAAAUUGUGCUGGAAAAGCAAUUUCCUACUGACACAGUGUGUACAAUUUUUAAGAUGUCAAACAUAUUGUUAUGUCUAUAUAAAAAUAGGCAUUUCUGAUUAUCAAGAUCAUAAUCCAAGAAUUUUCAUAGAUUUUUGUGGAAGUAACAACAUGAAAUUCUCAGUCAGCUUACAUGCCCUUGAAGCAAAAAAUUACAUAAUUUAUAUGUCUGGCUACUUGCUACAACCAAAUCUCAUAGUUAAAAGAAGUCACAUAUAUUGUUACAGAAAACCUAUUGCAUAUGAAAAAUGUUUCACUUGCCGGGCUCUAGAAAUAACAUUUAGCUCACACUAGUGUGACAGAAAAUGCCUUGUUUCUUACACAAGUUUUAGUGCUCAGCUGUAAUUAAAUAUAUAAAAUCACUAUCAAUUUUUUGUGAGAAAGUUGCAUUGAAGAUGUUAAAAUACUGUAGAAAAUGCCUCUUUUCCUAUAGCUCAGGCUCUUAAAUUCCUGGAAUUCUUGGAGAAUGAUAUAGGUGCCUACAUAACUGACAAUUUAGUUAAAAAAUUAGCACCAACAAUUUCUACUACUCUGAUUCACAAAAGGGAGAUUUAAUUAUACCUCUGAAAAUAAGGUUUAAUGAGAAUAAAAAAAUAUAUAGUUUGUCAGCUUCCAUGUUUCUAAAGACACCCAGUACCAUUUUAUGACAGGCAGUUUUCAGAGAAAGGAAAUUAGUUUCACUAGAAUCAGCAUGUGGUAGCAUCAAAAUAAAGGGAGAAGUUUAGAUAUAUUUUAUGCAUUUGAAAAUAGUUUGAUAGAUUUUUCAUAGAAAGACAAGAGAACAUGUUGUUCGUCUGUUUAAAUAUUCAAAAGAUACACUUCCACAUCUGAGCCCAACCCCUGUUAAUUCAUAUGCUAAUAAAAACAAUAAAAUUUGAAUAAUUGUAUAUUUAGGCUUUUAUAUGUCUUCAUCCUCGAAGUUCUUCUUAAACACCUCUUAUCUUGAAUAAGAGAGAAUAUAGCAGACUAUUGGAGGUGAUAAGAGGAAACUGUAUCCCAGACUAUAACACAAACACAGAUGCUUGCCUAUCUUGAGCCAUUUUGUUGCACUAAUGCCUUAGAGAAGACACAAAAUUUACACCUGUCACAGGCUUCACUCCAAAGCAUGUAUCCAGGGUUAAGUUGAAGCCCAGCACACAUUUUUAAAAACGUCACUAUGUCAACACAGUAGACAUUCCACAAAAUAGUACAUUUCUUUCUUGUAUAACUGAAUCCUUCCUGGACCUCUACUGGCAGUAUGUACCUGAAGACCUUAAGAUUAUGGUAACGCUCAAAACUUCUGUUCAUUGCAUGAAAAUUGGAUUUAUUUACAACUCGUUCAUACAUAAAACAUUUAGUGAAUACAAAAGAAAAUUCACCAUAAGUAUUCUACUCUGAACCUCCAACAAGUGGUGUGCAAUAUUUAAGGCACUGUAUUUCCAUUUGUGAGGCUCAGAUUCAAAUUUUUGUACCUACACCUUAUUUUGGUUUACGAUAAUUUUCAAAACACACAAAUGUCAGCAAAAUUCUGGUAACAACUGCACUGUUGAUACAUUUCCCUGUUUUUCUGUAAAUGAUUUAAUACAAUUGUUCUGCAAAAAUAUUUUAUAAAAGUAUAAAAACAGUUAUUUCCUUCCUAAAAUCACUAACAUGAGUAAUCCAAGCAGGUGACUGAAAAGAGGUAAUAUCAGAUGUCAGUGGCAUAAGAUAACUUCUACAUUAUAUCAGCAGGACUGCAAUGGAUAUCUGGAACCGAUUCUCGGCUGCCAGAAUGAGUAGCUCAAAUUUAAUUUAUAUGUAUGACUGUAGUAAUAUGUAUAUUCUAAAAUGACAAUCGAUUUACCUGCAACUGAAAGUCAGUUAUUAGUAACCUCCAGAAAAAAAUGCAUUCUAGUAAUAGCAGAUAAGCUCAGAAAUUUUGGUAAUGUCUGUAAAUUAUUACUCAAGGAUAUACAUAUUUGUGGUUUGAUAUUAAUUUAUGGCAGCUGCAUGAAGGAAUCAUGUUACCCAUCAUUUGUAAAAAAAUUUAUGUUUUGGUGCUGCAACUCAGAGGUUGACAAAGGAUUUAAUACAUGUCUAUCAACAAUUUACUGGAGAUAGAAAUUCACCAUACUGAAAAGUUGCAAGUUUGCAAAUCUGCCUAAAACUGUCGGCUGCCCCUAAUUUACUGUACAGCCUGAGUAACAAAAGAAGUUUAGGAAGUCGUAGCAUGCAGUUGUGAGUAGAGUGUAUAAUAACUUAUUGUUAUACUUGUAAGAACUUCAAAAACAUGGCAUGUAAAUGUGAAAGUUGGACAUGAAAACUUGUCAAGAGCUUCUUUAUUAUGUCUGUAUCACACUGAGCUAUAAUACUACAUCACUAACAUAUUAUUGUAAUGAGAUUUGAGACUUCGGAACACAAACAUUGAGUUUAAAACCGUUAUGAAUUUUGCAAGACAAUCUGUAUAGAUGGAGCUCUGAAUAUAAUUUGUAUGUCUUAAGUGCCCAACAUUCAGCUGUUAUGAGGAAUAGAGAAUUCAUCAUGCUCAGUCUGUUUUACUAAAUACAUCAGUAAAGUCCAUAAAGUAUGAACUAUAAUCAUAUUGCUUUUAGUCUUGUUUUUGUAACUGUUACAGCUACUUUUCUUGGAAUGCAAUAUUAAAUUCAAGAAGUUGAAACAUAAUAGUAUAAAAUUUACAACUUAAGAAAACCACUUAUGAAAUUCAAAACUCAUGUUACAGAUACAAUCAAAAUAGAUAAAGAAGGAAGAAUAGUACUUAAUAGUUUUAUUGCCUUUCAAAUAACCAGAUUUUCUGACAAAAGGUGAAAGGAGUAAUUGAGAAACAUACAUUUUCUUUCCCUUCCUCAUUUGUUCACAUGAGAAGCAAUAAGACCACUUCUAGUGACAUCAUUGUUAAUGGAACAUUAACCCUUAUCAAUUUUUCCUCCCAUGGAAAGAGAAAUAAUAGUUUUUGAGAACACUGGUAAAGUUAUCUGUAAUGUGUAAAGAACGCACCAGACUAGACUAGACUCCAGCCUGUGAAGUGCGUGACCAGAGUGUAUAAAAGGGAAGAGAUAUUAUGGAUACUGCUGAAAUAGGAUUACAAACACAGGGGUACUCAUGAACAACUUCCUUUAAAAGUUAAUAUUCACAAAGAAAAUGUCAAUGAACUUAGUAAUUGGCUUUAAUUUUCAUAAAUUUUUCAUCACAUUCCUCAGUUAACCAACUUCUUCGUGUAUCCUCUUUUCACUCUUAUUAUAUAACCACAUGUUUUUAUUGUAACAUUUUUGUAUUUAAACAAUAUUUUUUAUCACUAUAGUUCUUUCUUCACCAACCACACACCUUGUUUGUGUUACCCUGCCACAUGUCUCCUGUGUUAGUUUUUUCACUGAGUUCACAGUUUAGUAACAGUCUAUACAAUUUCCAUAACCUCUUUUGUAACUUCAGUCAGCCUAUUAUCUCCACACACAAAACAACCUGUUUUCAACUUCUCCAGUUCACAUCGAGUUUCAGAUUCAACAACAUAUUGGGUAUUUCAGAAUCAAAAAGGUCUGAUUUGAUUAAGUUAAUUUAGUACAUACUUUAUUGAUUUUUAUCACUUCUCUUUAUUUGUCUGCAGUCUUUAAAGUACGGACUAGCAGCCAGAUAUAAAUUUAUACCUGAAAUUAAAAAGAAAAAAUCCACUCACCUCCAGAAGAUGAACAUGUGAUGUGUAAGUACAUGUGAUAGCAAAGGGACUUUUCUCCAACCUGGAAUUUUUCUUGUUGCAGAAAUGUUCACUUAGUGACAUGUCUCAAACCACACUCACACUUCAGGUAUUCAUUGUGCAUUAUUUUUAUUUAUUAUGAUGAUGCACUUUUUAGCACAAAAAUAACAGAUAUACCUUUAACACCUCAUUAUUCAGUGUCAUGCCUUUAGCACUAUGCCAUUGCUGCCAGUGUAAGAGAUUUGUGAAGUCAUUUGAUAGAUUCAAUGACUCUACAAAUUGUUUGUUACUGUUAGGAAGACAGUUUAUCAAUAAUCAAAACUGAUAUAUACAUUUUAGCUGUGAUAUUUAAAGAAACUAAAAAUGAUGGCUCAAAUAACUGAUGACCUGUGAGUCUUUCGUAGUUGUUCCAUUUAUGGUUACAAUAAUAUUAAGAUAAGUACUUUGCAUUUGAGAUGGUUCUGUCUGGUAACCAAAGAAGGGAAAUUUCUGAAACUCUUUGUAAGUUAUGUUGUUUGUGCAAACAUCGAUUAUCUUAUUUACAUUGAAGUCUGAAGAAAAGUAUAAUCAUUAACACUUUAUACUGUAAAAUUAGUAACUAAGUCUUUUUUAUGAAGAUUGCAACUGAAAAUCUACUUCUUGAUGUUAUUUUUAAAAUACUGUUUCUUUAAUAACUGUAUUUUAGUUACAAAAGUUGAUCUAAAAUUUGAUAAUUUAAACUAAAUAACAAACACAAGGCCUUAUACAGUUAGUAUUAAGACGUCACAAUGGCGCUGCAAUCACUCAUGGAAAUUGAAUAAGCUUGAGGCAACGCAGUUGCUGGCUGAAUUUAUGUAAAUAAUGUGUGUGUAUAAUGGAGCUAACUGUUUUUAGAAAUAGAUUAUGGUUGAAAUAUAUGUUUUGUAAAAAAAUGUUUCUUCUGUGCUGCAAUAAAUUGUACAAAUAGUGUUAUCAGCAAAAUCAGUAUUAAAUUUUAUUAAGUCAAAACAACUGAAAGAGCUUGCUGCAUGUGACCUUAAUAACAUCUUUCUCUUUAAAAUGUAUGAAGCUCAUAUCUUACGUACAAAUAAAACUUGUAUUAAUC